UAAUUUGCAAUUGUAAUGGCUGUUCUUUCUAAUCUGUUGAAUGCUUCUGUUUUUUCCCAUCCCCUUUUUUUCUGCUACCAGCUUUGGUAUGUGCUAUCAAAGACUUUAGCAGAGGAUGCUGCCUGGAAGUUUACAAAAGAAAAGGGUAUUGACAUGGUUACAAUUAACCCAGCAAUGGUUGUCGGUCCUCUCUUGCAGCCAACGCUCAAUACAAGUGCUGCUGCAAUUUUGAACGUAAUAAAUGGUUCACAAACAUUUCCAAAUUCUACAUUUGGAUGGGUUAAUGUUAAAGAUGUUGCCAAUGCACAUAUUCAAGCAUUUGAGAUUCCUUCAGCUAAUGGAAGAUAUUGUUUGGUUGAGAGCGUUGCACACUACUCUGAACUUGUGAAGAUGCUACAAGAGCUGUUUCCUGCUUUUCAACUUCCAGAAAAGUAAGUGAUUUAUCUCAUUCAGUUUA